UGUUUCUGGUACAGAAUCAGGGUUGUCUAGAACGCGUUCGAGUUUUUACUCAGUGUUGUGCAAGAAGAUCCACAAAACUGUCAUCAUGAAAGUCGCCUUCUUUAUGGGAUUCCUGGUCUGCCUGAACUUGGCUUUUACCGAUGCAGCCAUAAACAACGAAAGGAUUCAAUUACUCCAACGAUUACUCCAAAGAUUUGACCCUUUCACAAUCAGAGAUGUUUCUCUGGUUUUGUCUGACGACAUUUCCGUCUCCCUAAAGUCUGCAGUCAUAGCCAAUUUAUCCAAUUUUGAUUUACCGCAAGACGAUGAAGUGGGAAAUAAUAUCAAUGCCACCAUCUUCAUUCCAUCAGUUUCUUACAAUGUUGAUCGGUUGUCCAUAUCCAGUAAAAAAUUGGGUAUUCAGUAUGCUCUUCCAUCCUUACGCGCUGUUGUCGGUGGAGUAUCACUAGCUGUCAGCCACUCAUUCAGCCAUAACCCUCUCAAAAUGGAAACUUUCCUGAUAUUGGCACAGAUUAGUGACUUGUCCGUAAGUAAUUGAUUCAGUUUUUAUCGUUAAUAACCG